AUGGCGGCUGUUGCUCGCCUCUUUCUUCUCCUGGCAACACCUGGCUCUCGCCCUGUUUUGGCCCAAAUCUUUGUGUCAUCCAAUGGGUCUUAUGCUGGCCUGCUCAACACGCCGCCGAACUUGUCACCGUCAUGCGCUACAACGUUCAGCGAGGCCGUGGUAUGCGACCCGAUGCUGUGGCAGGUCUGGCAAAAUAAACUGCCGAGCGUCAACGAGCUGGAGUUGAUGUGCACUGCCCCCUCGUACACCGUCACGGUUGGGUACAAUGUCUACCCGGCCACGUACGCGGUCGACCUGAUGCUGCACACGUACAAGUGGGCGUGCCUGACGGACACUACUACCGGAGCUCGCUGCUUCUCUCUCCUUGCCCAGCAAGCAAGCGCCGAAAACGGCACCUCACUGUCCGACCUCUGCUCGGCCUGCAACCCUCGACUGCGCCAGGCCGCUCUGGACUCGCCGCUGGGCUACACGGAUGCUCUGGCGGCCGACUACUCUUCCCUGACCUCUUCUUGCCAAAUGACAUCCUACCCGGUGACCUCGCCGACCCGCUACGUACUGGGCACCACCACAGCUCCGGUCCCGACACCGACCGAUGGGGUCCCUGUCCCUUCCUACACCUGUGAAAGCCAAUAUACCAUCCAGGAGUCCGACACAUGCGAGUCCAUCAGCUGGGCCAAGCGGGUGUCCACAUUCUCCCUGCUCUACUCCAACAAGCCCCCCAUGUUCUGUCCCGACUUCCCCGCGGCGGGAACAGAGAUUUGCAUCCCGCAGCGGUGCAACAGGUACAUGGUCUUGCCGAUUGACAUGUGCCAAAGCGUGGCCCAAAAACACGGCUUGACGGUCGCCAAGCUUAUAGAGCUCAACCCGGAUCUAAAGUCUCAGUGCAACAAUCUGCGUGCCCUGACUGGUUACGCGAUCUGCCUGACUCCGCCCGGGGUUGUGUCAACGACGGCGACGCCACAGCCAACGACGGCAUCAUACUUCGACAACCCGUGCCUCAACCCGGGCGCCCCUAGCAGCUGCUUCACGACGGCGUGGGAGACGCCCGAGAGCGAUAUACCGUGGCCCACGGCCAGCAGCAGCACGGGCAGUAGUAGUACCUCCUCGGCAACGGCGACCGCGCCCACGCUCCCGGCGUGGACGGACCCGCCCUCGCUGCCCCGGGCCCCUCGAACGAGGGAGGGCUGUGCCAGCUACGACAUCGUCUACGACGACGAGCCGCCGCUGAUGGAAUGGAAUCCGUCGCUCAAAUACGACGUGAUGGAUGACUCGACGUGGAACUCGUGCCAGUUUGAGGCGGGGUAUUCGUGCUGUGUUAAGGCUUAA